CACUGAGUUGAAUUUUAGUUGUUGCUGCCCCUGUUCUCUCCUCCUUCCCGUGUAAGAUGGUGGUUUUUGCUGCCAGCAGGUAGCCAGCACCUUUACAAGCUGACAGAAAGGCCGGUUGGCUCCGUGAUAACCGCUAGUGACGGCAGCUUACUGUAACCUUGUCCCACACAGGCAUACUUCUCCCUCAACAUACUGGAGAGGAAGCUGCAAUAACACAUAGGCAGGCUCCCGUUCCUGACCUGGACGUGGUCCGAACCAGUAGUGUGUGAUCGUAGGAUGUCCCGGAACCCUGGGGUGAAGGACGACCUGAUGGAGUGCCCGCUGUGUAUGGAGCCGCUGGAGAUCGAUGACGUCAACUUCUUCCCCUGCACCUGUGGAUACCAGAUCUGUCGCUUCUGCUGGCAUCGAAUCAGGACGGACGAGAAUGGCCUCUGUCCCGCCUGCAGAAAGCCGUACCCAGAAGACCCGGCGGUGUACAAGCCGCUGUCGCAGGAGGAGCUGCAGAGGAUAAAGACGGAGAAGAAGCAGAAGCAGAACGAGAAGAAGCAGAAGAUCACCGAGAACAGAAAGCAUCUGGCCAGCGUCCGGGUGGUGCAGAGAAACCUGGUGUUUGUGGUGGGGCUGUCCCAGAGGCUGGCUGACCCCGAGGUUCUGAGGAGGCCAGAAUAUUUUGGCAAGUUUGGGAAGAUUCACAAAGUGGUGAUCAACAACAGCACAUCGUAUGCUGGCUCCCAGGGGCCCAGUGCCAGUGCCUACGUCACAUAUAUACGCUCAGAAGACGCUCUCAGAGCAAUCCAGUGUGUCAACAACGUAGUGGUCGACGGCAGGACGCUGAAGGCUUCUUUAGGAACUACAAAAUACUGCAGUUACUUUUUAAAGAGCAUGCAGUGCCCCAAACCAGACUGCAUGUAUCUACACGAGCUAGGGGAUGAGGCUGCCAGUUUUACUAAAGAGGAGAUGCAGGCAGGAAAGCAUCAAGAGUAUGAGCAGAAACUACUACAAGACCUGUACAAAAGCAACCCGACCUUCCUACAGAGCCCAGCGGUGUCAGGGGACCGGCCGAAGGGCAAAGGCAACUCCUUACAGAGCUCCAGUAAAGAUGGCCUGUCGUCAGACCCUGGGAGGAGUCCUCCAUCAGAGGGCUCAGACUGUGAACACUUGACCCCUGCAGGGCCCCAACCUGACCCGGGCCUGGACCCUGUACCGGCCCUCUGCCCUUUCUCCUCACAGCUUGCUAGCCCCAGCCACACACUGACAGACAUCAUCAGUAUAGGCAACGGUGAAACCUCACAGCUGCUCCGUGGAGGCAGUGAGUCUCCGUCGCCCCCACCCGGCCUCAGUAAGCCCAGCCUGCUGCUUCCCAUCAGUGUCCCGGGCCACACAGCCCACUCCCCGUUCGAGGCGGCUCCCGCGGAGUCCCAGUCCCUGUUCUCAGACAACAGUAACUUCAGGCAUCCCAACCCGCUGCCCAGCGGCCUGAGCGGCUUCCCCAGCUCCCCCCACAGCCACGCUGACUGGCCCACAGCGCCAGAGCCACAGAGCCUCUUCACCUCAGAUACCAUGCCGGUGUCGUCGUCCACAGACUGGCAGGCAGCGUUUGGCUUCGGCUCGUCCAAUCAGCAGCAGGAGGACGACCUGGGCUUCGACCCGUUCGACAUCACACGCCGAGCUCUGGCGGACCUCAUUGAGAAGGAGCUCUCUGUUGAAGACAGCUUCGGCUCCGCCCACAGAACGCUGGGGCCCCUGGGAGGGCUCCCACCCUCUCAGCACUUCCCACAGCAUCAGCACCCUCGCAGGGCAGACUAUAGCUCCGUCAGCUUCCCCUCCCACCCUCCAUCCUCCGCGUCCUCUGCAUCCUGUGGCUCCUGGAUGGCUUCCACCUCUUCACGCAGGAACUUUGUGCACUUGAACCACACGGUCAGUGUAACGGCUUUCCCCUCACACAGCAGCUUCUUGGACUUGACAGUGCUGCCAGGACAUCACAGUACUGGGCUUGGAGGAAUCCCCAUCACAGAAAGCAGCAGCUGUGGAGAGGGUCUAAAUAUGAAGGAGUGGCAGGACGGCCUCAGAGCGCUGUUACCCAACAUCAACAUCAACUUUGGAGGGCUGCCCAACUCCUCUUCUUCCUCAUUGUCCUCCUCCUCCUCCUCCUCCAGUGUCCAGCACGCGGGGGCCCCGGGGCUUCCUCACAGCCUCUGCUGGGACCGCACAGCCAGAUGGAUGGACCCAGCCAUAAUCACCGGGAUUCCAACCUCCGCCGGCAACGGUCUGGACUCUCUUCAGGACGACAACCCUCCACACUGGCUCAAGUCCCUGCAGACGCUCACAGAAAUGGACGCCCCGUCCAGCUCUGUCUCACAAAAUGGCUCCUUAGGGAGCCAGCCGCCCCCCCACAGAGCCGGCUGGGCGCACUACCCGGCCCCUAGCAGCCAGUUCCACUCCCCGCCGCCAGGCUUCCAGACGGCCUUCAGACCCCCAACACAGACCCAGACAGACCUGCUACAGAGCGCCGCCAUCAACCGCCACUAGGGACUCUCCGCACGCACGCACGCACGCACGCACACACACACACACACACACACACACACACACACACACACACACACACACACACACACACACACACAGCCACCUGGAACCACACCAAAAACCACACCAAAUAGGCAGAUACAGUAUAAAAAACUAUGAACAACUAAUAAGAUAAUAAUAAUAUAAUGUUUUAAUUUCUUCCUCCGACCAGAUCAUCUGCGCUUGUGUUUCGUGUCUCGGUUCGUGAUUGUUGGUAUGAGUGGGUCGAGGCCUGCUGCCCCAGCCACGCCUCCUAACAGACCAGAGUCUCUCUGAUGAGCAAGAAGCAGCAGCCUUUACUGAAUCUGAAAAAAGCUUUUAGAAUCGCAUGGGCCCUUCCAAUCAUGUACAGCAAGUGUGUUUGAGAGAUGCUUUGAGAUCAAACCAGCUGUGACAGAUGUGAUGAUUUGAAACGUGAUUGAACAUGUCUCUUGAUAAAUCUCUUCAAUCAGUCUUCAUGACAGAAGCCAAAUUCCACAACGAGCUGCAUCUGAGAAUCAGACCUUUGCUUCUUUGAUCAGUAAAUUGAAGGUUCAGUAUGGCUUAAGGUAUGGCAGGGGGAGCCGCACCGCUUUGGUAUAUAGUAUAUCAACGACAAAAGAUCUGAGGGAGCGUAAAACUAUUUUGAGCCCUACACGGUCUGCAAGUCAACCUUUUGAGAGUGCCCAGGCACGAUUUUAUAAGAGCAGAAUCAGAUGUGUGACGGGGUUGGGGCUCGCGAGUCGUGAAAACGCCGUUUUCGUCCACGCAGACGCUUUGAGCUACACAAGUUUUCAUGUUGUUGUGUUGAAUGUGUCACCUAAAAAUCACAACGCAAGCUGCAGUGUGAGCAUGGCUGCCAAGUGUGCAGCAUGAAAACAGUAAGAGGAAGUUGACCUAUUUUGGGUUCCCUUCGGCUCAGAAUAACCACGGCUGACCACAUUGAUGAAGCGCCAGUCGAACAUGUCCGUAUGCGGCAUAUGCACAUCCCAUCGUCUCUUUCUCUCAUCUUCCUUCUGUGCAGAAAGCACAGCAGUAAACGUUCCUACUACUGUGGUCAUGGAAACGCUCUUAUUAGCUGACGUUUGUUACCUCCACCAGUGCGUAAGAGUGCACGUUCAGUGCCGGCUCGGCCAGGCGUUGUCAUAUGCGUUCCAUGUUUCUGCCCUAACAGAUGAUUUAAGUGUCACCUGUUCAAUUUGACCUAGAAGUGAAGGCUCAUCCUGUUAGACCCCUCCUACUUUCAAAAUAAAAGCUGGGUCAGUAAUCUCAUUGAGACACGACAUCUCAUACUCAAGAGAGACCUGACUUUAUAUCACAGUGGCUAGUAUAUCACACCUAGAUCUCUGACUGAAGGGUCUGCUGGCAAGUUUUUUUUACAGGAGAAGAAUGCGUACAAUAAAAAAGUUAUCUCUGGUUCUGCUGCAUCAAUGAACUGUCCACCAUUGGGUCUGAUGGUAUUAUAGUAGCACUAAAUCAGUGGAGUUCUGUUUUAAUUCACAGGAUCAAAGGAAUAAUGCCAAGAAAUGGAAAACAGCGUAGCCUUCUUAAUGAUGGGAAGAGUUGCAAUUUAUGUAUGCCUGUAUACUGGUCUCCACUACAGUGGGGGAUAUACUUUAAAAUGGAUGCACCCACGCUUCUGUUCAUACUACAGAGUAGGAUCGGGCAUCGAGAACCGGUCCCAACUUGGAAUCAUUUCAAAAAUUACCAUUCCAAUGGAAUCCUUUUUUUAUUUGAAUAGUUUGGAAAAAUUUGGUUUUGAAUCUGUUCAUCGGUCCCAAAUUUGACGCGCAAGUUUUGGUUAUCGUAGCGACCACCGCCGUACUUUCAAGCACUCGUUGUGUUGGAUGGCUUUAUUUUACGUUGAAGAAGCCCGUUAAAAGUGUAAAUCACUGACACACAUUACAUCAUUGAAUCCUCUUAUCUGUGAAAUAAGCAUGUGACCCCCAUAAACUACAGAUGGUCCUAUACCAUUUAUUUGCUUCCCGAGCGUAUCGGCCGAUACCGAGUACCGAUCCAAUACCAGUGUGUCAUAUCUUUUAUUACGUUUUAACAACUGCAUACUACUAUCCCUGUAUGGAUGUGAUGGGAUUGCUAUCAUUGGCUCAGGUUAAACUCUUUGUGAAAUAUGAACAAACACAAACAAUGAUAUAGCCAUAAAACUUUAUUUUAUUAUCCAGUUUGACGGUCAGUCAUAAUGUAAAAAGAACAUAAAUAAACUACUUUAAAGUAGAUUUUCUUCAGGUCUAAAUUACGUGGUAUCUGAUCAGUGCAUAAAGUCCAGUACUUUCCGAUACCGAUACCAGCAUUUUAGGCAGUAUUUAAGUAUUUUUUUUCCGUUACUGGUAUCGUAACAUCUCUAGUUUCAACUCCACCCCUCAAAGAAUCGGAAUCGAUAAGAACUGGAAUCGAAAGAAAGAAUCUGAAUUGGAAUCAAACAUGUUGAAAUCCAAAACGAUGCCCAACCCUACUACAGACAGCGUCUGGGUUCCGUGUGUCCCUCACAGACAUGGACAGAGCGUUUGGGUCUGUUCCAUACACUGCAGGUGGUGUAUCCACCUGCACCGUCAAUUAGAUAUUGAGCGUGUGUUGGCCAGACCUCUGUAUCAGAGGGUUGAAGCUGGACAUGUGAAGGAUGUGGUUUAGCACAGUCAGUGCCACUGUGUGGCGCUCCAUGCCAGCUGUCUCCAGACCCCUCGCCCAGUGUCCCCAGAUCUCUAUGACAGCUUCAAGCCUGAGCGAUGAGGCGUUAAGGGCACUCACUGUGGUUUGUGCUUGUGUAAUCUGGACUUGUUGAGACAGGAAAGCUCCUAGUUUAGCCUUCAUUUGUUGAGUGUGUCAGCUUUUAGAUAUUUAAACCAGUUUUAUUUGUAGCAUUUUGAAAAAAGAAAUGGUUUUAAUUGGACUGGGCUGCAGCAGGAAGCUCUCUUGAAUUAAACCGUUGAUCUCACGGGACUCUUUCCACAUACUUUUUCAUUUCAGAAGAUUGGUUGACUGUUUAGGCGCUGUGUGCUGGGAUAGUAGAGCUUCAACUCAAACCACCAUGAGGUACACAUCAUGUACCCCUGUAUCAUCCAAAUGCUAACAAUCUGUGACGGCCCUUUUUUUCAUAAGGUCCUGACAACUUUAAUAAGUCACCAGUAUUCUUGAGGAUUACAAGCUAACAUGUUUUCACAAUGUCCAAACGUCUAAAAAUGAAGUGCCGAGGUCUGGUGCACAAAACCAACUAAAUAUCAAAUAAAAGAGAAAAUAUCAA